GAAUUAGGAAGUACCGCGCCUGCGCGCUGCCAUACUCCCUGGUGGCGGUGGCUUUCCAGCGUUGUGGUGCGUGAGGGGAGACCGCGUCUGUGGAGGCUACUGCGUACCCUGUGUCUCGUCGCCAUGAGCAGCACUUUAGCAAAGAUUGCGGAGAUCGAAGCCGAGAUGGCACGGACUCAGAAGAACAAGGCCACAGCCCAUCACCUAGGGCUGCUUAAGGCUCGCCUUGCUAAGCUUCGUAGAGAACUCAUUACACCAAAAGGUGGUGGUGGUGGUGGGCCAGGAGAAGGUUUUGAUGUGGCCAAGACAGGUGAUGCUCGAAUUGGCUUUGUGGGCUUUCCAUCUGUGGGGAAGUCAACGCUGCUGAGUAACCUGGCAGGAGUAUAUUCUGAGGUGGCAGCCUAUGAGUUCACUACUCUGACUACUGUGCCUGGUGUUAUCAGAUACAAAGGUGCCAAGAUCCAGCUCCUAGAUCUCCCAGGUAUCAUCGAAGGUGCCAAGGAUGGGAAAGGUAGAGGUCGUCAAGUCAUUGCAGUGGCCCGUACAUGUAAUUUGAUCCUGAUCGUUCUGGAUGUCCUGAAACCCUUGGGACACAAGAAGAUAAUUGAAAACGAGCUGGAAGGCUUUGGCAUUCGCUUGAAUAGCAAACCUCCUAACAUUGGCUUUAAGAAGAAAGACAAGGGAGGCAUUAAUCUCACAGCCACUUGCCCUCAGAGUGAACUGGAUGCCGAAACUGUGAAGAGCAUUCUGGCUGAAUACAAAAUUCAUAAUGCCGAUGUAACUUUGCGUAGUGAUGCCACAGCUGAUGACCUCAUUGAUGUGGUGGAAGGAAACAGAGUGUAUAUCCCCUGUAUCUAUGUAUUAAACAAGAUUGACCAGAUCUCUAUUGAGGAAUUGGACAUCAUCUAUAAAGUGCCACACUGUGUACCCAUCUCUGCCCAUCACCGCUGGAAUUUUGAUGAUCUGUUGGAAAAGAUCUGGGACUAUCUGAAACUAGUAAGAAUCUACACCAAACCCAAAGGCCAGUUACCAGAUUAUACAUCUCCUGUGGUGCUGCCUUACUCCAGGACCACUGUGGAGGAUUUCUGCAUGAAGAUUCACAAAAAUCUUAUCAAAGAAUUUAAAUAUGCUCUGGUCUGGGGUCUCUCUGUGAAACACAAUCCUCAGAAAGUGGGUAAAGACCAUACGUUGGAGGACGAGGAUGUCAUUCAGAUUGUGAAGAAGUGAACCCCCCCUCCCCCAUCAGCUGGGCCAACCGCAGCGGCUUUCCCCAUGACCAAGCACCCUACUCAAUUCCUUUUGUUUUUGGCAGCCACUGGAUCAGGGUAAAGGGGUGGGAAAUGGAGGCACCCAAACUGGAACUUCACUUACCUUACUGUGGUGUCACCUUCUGUGUUGAACUGCGUAAAAGACCUAGCAGGCCUGUUCGCUAUGUGCAGUUCAUGUGUUCUUGUCAGAUUUGUUUUGGAAUGGGCUGAAAGAGCAAUGUACAGUGAAGCAGUUGCCAAGAGAGUGCUUUGUAGCCUGGUCUUGAAUAUGAAAUGGAUAAAAGUGUGACAUGUAACAUCUUUUUGAUGCUUUGUGAUGGGGACCCUUUCAACUGCAUGUGGCCUUCAGUCCUUUCAGAUGAUGUGGUUCACGUGAUACUGGACAGAAGAAGGACUUGAUGUACAUUAUUAUUACCCUGCUUGGCUUCCAUUUUGGGAGAUGGUAUAGUCUAGCAAUUGAGUAAACAACUGAACAGGCAGAUUGGGGUUUGAAGGGGCAGGUCAAUCUCUAGUUAGCUGUGGAACCCUGAACAAAUUAUUCAAUCCUUUUGAGCUUCUGGGGACAUUAAUAGCACUUACCUUCUAAGUGGUGGUUGUUACUACUAAGGGAGUGGGUCAUUUGUAAACUUAGCAUAAUAACUGGCAUAUAAAUAUUCAGGACAUGUU